CUCCGUUAACCCUGGGUAUAUCGUUACCAUACUAUAUAUAAGUUUUACUUGAAUAUAUCCUCGAAAAAUUGAGUACACGGGAAAAGGUCAUGUCUGGAAACAAGGUGUACGAUAUUUCUCCAGAUGAACGUGAAGUUAAAGAAUGGAAAUAUGCCAGACGUUUAGAAUUAAGAAACGAAUAUUUAAGAGAAUUGCAAGAUCCUCGACGAGUUGAUCCGAUUUUAGAUAGAGGAUGGCAAAGAUUUUAUGCUACAAGAGUACAACUAGAAUAUAUUUUUAAACCAACUCUUUUUAAUACCUUCCUAAUGGUUGCUAUGACAGGAGGUUUGAUAUGGAGUACUGCAAUGAUUUUAAAAUCAUCUAGGGCUUCUAAGGAAAAGCUUUAUCGUACAGGUCAAGUAUCGUACCAAGAUAGAAUGUUUAAAUUCCAAUAAAGAAAAUGCCUUUUGAGGUAAUGCAGUUCAGUAGAGAGAGAGAGAGAGAAAAGAAUAUUAUAAUAAAAAUAAAAAUGUAAUAUUGUACGUAUGAAAUAAUUGAAACUAUAAUGUUUACAUGUUUACCUGUUUACUGUAAUUAUUAUAUCAUAUUACAGUAAAAUAAAAUUAAUUGUA